AGUUUAUACCGAGAGAUUCCUGCUGGUCGAGGAUGGCUGCAGACGUGCAUAAAACAAUCCCCGAGGAUGAGAGCAACACUUCACAUCUGAGUCCUCCGAGGUCCUGGAUCUGCAGAGGGGUCUGGACGCUGCUCAUCGUCGCCUCUGUCCCUCUGCUCGCCUUUGGGAUCCAGUAUUAUCAAGACAGCCAGCUCCUCCAACGUCAUGAAGAGAGUGUUCGAACCCUGGGUGCAGAGGGGGUUUUUCUUUUCUCCUCCUUGGAUACCGACCAUGACCUUUAUCUCAGUCCGGAGGAGUUUAAACCUAUUGUUGAGAAACUCACAGGAAUUACACCCCCGGUGGAUUUUGAGGAGGAAGUGACCCACGACCCCAAUGGAGAGACUUUGACAUUGGAGGCCAAAAUGCAGCCUCUGCUGCUUGACUCCAUGACAAAGAGCAAGGACGGUUUUCUAGGGGUGUCUCACAGCUCUCUGAGUGGGCUGCGUUCAUGGAAGAGCCCAGCAGUGCCUUUUUCCUCCUUCUCUGCUAGCCAGUUUAGGGCCCUCUUGCCCCCAAAGAACAAGGGGGAAGUGGGUGACACAUGGUGGGUGAUUCCUAGCGAGCUAAACAUCUUCACUGGGUACCUGCCCAACAAUCGUUACCACCCUCCCUCACCAAAGGGCAAAGAGGUUCUCAUCCACUCCUUGUUGAGUAUGUUCCACCCGCGGCCCUUCAUCAAAUCACGUUUUGCUCCUCAGGGCGCAGUCGCCUGCAUUCGUGCCAGCAACGACUUUUAUUAUGACAUUGUAUUCAGGAUUCAUGCAGAAUUUCAGCUCAACGAUGUUCCAGACUUUCCCUUCUGGUUCACCCCGGGAAAGUUCACCGGCAACAUUGUUCUCUCCAAGGAUGCAUCUCAUGUCCGCGACUUUCACCUCUACGUCCCUAAUGACAGGUCUCUGAAUGUGGACAUGGAGUGGCUGUACGGGGCCAGUGAGAGCAGCAACAUGGAGGUGGACAUCGGAUAUCUGCCACAGUUAGAGCUACAGUCCACGGGCCCGUCCACUCCCUCCAUCAUCAUGGAUGAGGAGGGCAACAUCAUCGACAGUCGAGAUGGCGGCAGGGAACCGAUCCAGUUCGUUUUUGAGGACAUCCACUGGACCUCAGAGAUCAGUCGGCAAGAAGCCACACGACGCCUUGAGGUCACCCUCUACCCCUUCAAGAAGGUGUCCUAUCUGCCUUUUUCAGAAGCCUUUGAGCGAGCUGAAGCAGAGAAUAAACUGGUGCAUUCCAUUCUGCUUUGGGGAGCAUUAGACGACCAGUCCUGCUGAGGUUCGGGGCGAACCCUCCGGGAGACAGUCCUGGAGAGUUCGCCCGUCCUGGCCCUGCUCAACCAGAGCUUCAUAAGCAGCUGGUCUCUGGUCAGAGAGCUGGAGAACAUGCAGGCUGAUGAGCAGAACCCUGUGUUGAGUGAAAAGGCCCGAUUACACCUGGAAAAGUACAAUUUCCCUGUGGAGAUGAUGGUGGCACUGCCCAAUGGAACUAUUGUCCACCACAUCAAUGCCAACUUCUUCCUGGACGAGACGGCCAUGAAACCAGAGGAGGAAGGAGCAACUUUCAGCUUCUCUGGUGGGUUUGAGGACCCCUCUACAUCCACUUAUAUCGGCUUCCUCAAGGAGGGGUUGGAGAAAGCCAAGGAGUACCUGGCACCGUAAUUUGUGUGUGUGCGAU